AUGAAGUGGGCUAUCGAACUCGGUGAGCUUGAUAUCACGUACAAGAACCGAACCGCGGUAAAAUCUCAGGUUCUUGCGGAUUUCUUAGUCGAAUUGGCCCUGGAAUUGGAGCAAGACCUCACACUCCCAAACCCAAACUGGACACUGCAUGUCGACGGAUCUUCGACUAACAAGGGCGCAGGUGCCAGAGUCCAACUACAGUCCCCGACCGGAGAACUGAUCAGACAGUCUUUUAGCUUCGGCUUUCCAGCUUCGAACAACGAAGCAGAAUACGAAUCUUUGAUCGCUGGACUCCGCUUAGCAAAAGCUGUCAAGGCUAAACGCCUAAGCACCUACUACGACUCGCAGUUACGAACGACGACCGCGCCGUACCCGUUUAUGCGUUGGGCAAUGGAUAUCAUAGGACCCCUUCUCUGCUCCUGCCAGCGACGUUUCAUUCUCGUCCUCACUGAUUACUUCACCAAAUGGAUCGAAGCUGAAGCCUACGCUCAAGUCACAGACAAAGAAGACUGCGGUUUCGUAUGGAAAAACAUUAUCUGCCGCCACGGUCUACCGUAUGAAAUCGUUACUGAUAAUGGAUCACAGUUCAUGUCAGGCAACUUCAAGGAGUUUUGCAACAAAUGGAACAUUCGAUCAAGCCCUUCCACCCCUCGUUACCCGCAAGGAAACGGCCAAAUAGAGAGUUACUACAACAAAAAGGUCUGGGCCCGACCCCUUGAACUCGGUGACCUUGUCAUGCGUAAAGUGUUCGAGAACACUAAGGAGCUGAACGCCGGUAAACUCGGCGCUAGGUGGGAAGGACCUUACAAAAUCAUCAAAGUUGUCAAACCAGGCGUCUACCGACUUCAAACGUCACGCGGAGAAGAAGUGCCUCGAGCAUGGAACUCAAUGCAUCUACGACGUUUCUACUCUUAG